CCGCUUAUCACAGCAGAAUUUGUAACAUGCCAUAAUUUCUUAACCGGUGCGUGUGGAUCCCCGGAAAUCAGAUGUCAUUACCCGACCCGGCUAAUUUGGCGAUCGUUCCUGCUCUUUUGUUUUUUGACAAUGCCAGCGGCGGGGACCAGCCGCACCUUUAGGGUCGUAUCCUUGGCGUCGUUGGCUCUUUGCACUGAAGAAGCCUCCUAGGAUUGUCCGCUUCAUGGUAUAGCUUGCACAGACUGCAGUUGUCAUUGAUCCGCGGCCAGAGCCUCUGCUGAUAGUAAAGGAACAAAUUCAGAGCAAAGAUGAUGUGUGAAGUGAUGCCCACGAUCAGCGAGGACACAGCUCUGAGCCAACGCGGCUCUCAGAGCAGCGCCUCAGACCCGGACUCACAUUUUGAACAGCUUAUGGUUAAUAUGCUGGACGAACGGGACCGGCUGUUGGACACAUUGAGGGAAACUCAGGAGAGCCUCGGUCUGGCCCAGCAGCAUCUACAGGAUGUCAUCUAUGACAGAGACUCGCUGCAGCGGCAGCUCAGCUCCGCCCUGCCACAGGAGUUUGCAGCACUGACCAAGGAGCUGAACGCCUGCAGGGAACAGCUGCUGGAGAAAGAGGAAGAGAUAUCUGAGCUCAAAGCCGAGAGGAACAACACCAGGUUACUGCUGGAACAUCUUGAGUGCCUGGUGUCCAGACACGAGCGGUCACUUCGUAUGACUGUGGUCAAGAGGCAGGCUCAGUCUCCUUCAGGGGUCUCCAGUGAAGUCGAAGUUCUUAAAGCACUCAAAUCCUUGUUUGAACACCAUAAAGCCCUAGAUGAGAAGGUAAGAGAGAGACUACGAGUGUCACUGGAGAGGGUGUCUGCCUUGGAGGAGGAGCUCACAGCAGCCAAUCAGGAGAUUGUGGCCUUACGGGAACAGAAUGCUCACAUCCAGAGGAAAGUGGCAUCAGGUGAGGGAGGAGAGGACAUUUUGGAGGGCAGUGAAGCUCAACAGAAGGUCCAUGGCAAGCGUCUGUCCAAUGGCUCUCUGGAGCCGGCCCAUGAGGCGAGUCAGGUGGUCGAGCUGCAGGACCUGCUGGAGAAGCAGAACUACGAGUUGGCCCAGAUGAAGGAGCGCAUGUCCUCCCUCUCCUCCCGGGUUUCCGAGGUGGAGCAGGAGCUCGAGACCGCCCGCAAGGACCUCAUCAAGUCAGAGGAGAUGAACAACAAGUACCAGAGGGACAUCAAAGAGGCCAUGUGUCAGAAAGAAGACAUGGAGGAACGGAUUGUCACGCUGGAGAAACGUUACCUGAGUGCCCAAAGAGAAGCCACCUCUGUGCAUGACAUCAAUGACAAACUGGAGAACGAGUUGGCCAAUAAGGAGGCAUUCCUCAGACAGAUGGAGGAGAAGAACAGACAACUACAGGAGAGGUUGGAGCUUGCAGAACAGAAACUCCAGCAGACCAUGAGGAAGGCUGAGACACUCCCGGAGGUAGAGGCCGAACUAGCCCAGAGGAUAGCAGCUCUCACCAAGGCGGAAGAGCGUCACGGGAGCAUUGAGGAGCGAAUGAGGCACUUGGAAUGCCAGCUGGAGGAGAAGAACCAGGAGCUGCUGAGGGCUCGGCAGAGGGAAAAGAUGAAUGAAGAGCACAAUAAGAGACUCUCAGACACAGUGGACAGACUCCUCACUGAGUCCAACGAGCGACUUCAGCUCCACCUGAAGGAGAGAAUGGCAGCUCUCGAAGAGAAGAAUAUGCUAAUCCAAGACUCGGAAACUUACAGAAAACAGUACGAGGAGUCAAUCCAAGAAAAAUCGCAGCUGGCAGAGGAUAUUGAGAAACUGAGAUCGGAGCUCGACCAAUUCAGAUUGAGGGCAGGCUCCCUCACAGAACCCACGCUGUCACGAUCCCAUCUGGACACAUCAGCUGAGCUUCGAUUCUCUUUGGGAUCUCUGGCUGAAACCCAGUCGGACCACUACCGCUCAGCAAAGGUCAUCCAUCGACAAAGGAGAGGUCGAAUAGGUCUGCGAGAAACCAAGGCAAAGUCACUGGGGGAGCCUGAAUGGCGCUCACAGCAGUUGGGGGUCAUGGGAGGCCACCACUUUGAGAGCGACACAGAAAUGUCUGACAUUGACGACGACGAUAGGGAGACGUUGUUCAGCUCCAUGGACCUGCUGUCUCCCAGUGGUCACUCCGAUGCACAAACUCUGGCCAUGAUGCUUCAGGAGCAGCUGGACGCAAUCAACAAGGAGAUCCGGCUAAUCCAGGAAGAGAAGGAGUCAACAGAGCUGCGAGCAGAGGAGAUUGAGAACCGAGUGGCCAGCGUUAGCCUCGAGGGUCUAAACCUGGCUCGAAUGCACCACCACGGAGCCUCCAUCACUGCCUCAGCAACUGCCUCCUCGCUUGCAUCCUCUUCCCCACCCAGCGGACACUCCACACCUAAGCUUGAUCCUCGAAGCCCUGCCCGGGACAUGGAGCGCAUGGGGGUCAUGACACUGCCCAGUGAUUUGAGGAAACACAGGAGAAAGAUAGCAGCGGUGGAUGAGGAUGGCCGCGAGGACAAGGCCACCAUUAAGUGUGAGACAUCCCCCCCUCCGACGCCACGCACUGUCCGAAUGACACACACACUGCCAGCCUCCUCGCACAACGAUGCACGAGGGAUUGUGGCUUCUUUAGAGGCUGAAGCCAGUGCCCUAAGUAGCGUAGCCAGCAGCCAGGACUCCCUCCACAAGCAGCCAAAGAAGAAGGGCAUUAAAUCCUCCAUCGGACGAUUAUUUGGCAAGAAGGAAAAAGGCCGACUGGCACACCUAGCACACAGACAGGUCAUGGUAGAUCCACAAGCAACAAUGAUGGAUUCAGACAUGGCGGGCCAGGACAUGGGGGUGAGCAAGUUGGGCACUCAGGCUGAGAAGGACCGCAGAUUGAAAAAGAACGGACACGAGCUGCUGGAGGAGGCUAGGAGAAAGGGUUUACCUUUUGCCCAGUGGGACGGUCCUACUGUUGUUGCGUGGCUGGAGUUGUGGUUGGGGAUGCCGGCCUGGUACGUGGCAGCAUGUCGUGCCAACGUGAAGAGCGGUGCCAUCAUGUCGGCCCUAUCUGACACCGAAAUCCAGCGGGAGAUCGGAAUCAGUAACCCUCUGCACCGCCUCAAACUUCGCUUGGCAAUCCAGGAAAUGGUCUCCCUCACCAGUCCCUCGGCCCCGCCCACCUCCAGAACCCCAUCAGGCAAUGUAUGGGUGACCCAUGAGGAGAUGGAGACCCUGGCAGCCCCUUCCAAAACGAAGUCGGAGUCUGAAGAGGGCAGCUGGGCACAGACUCUUGCCUAUGGUGACAUGAACCAUGAGUGGAUAGGGAACGAGUGGUUGCCCAGUCUAGGACUACCUCAGUACCGCAGCUACUUCAUGGAGUGCCUCGUGGAUGCCCGUAUGCUGGACCACCUCACCAAGAAGGACUUGAGGGUGCACCUUAAAAUGGUGGACAGCUUCCACAGAACAAGUUUACAGUACGGGAUCAUGUGUCUAAAGAAGCUCAACUAUGACAGGAAGGAGCUGGAGAGACGCAGGGAGCAAAGCCAGCAUGAAAUGAGAGACGUUCUGGUGUGGAGUAAUGAGCGGGUCAUCCGCUGGGUGCAGAGCAUAGGCCUGAGGGACUACGCCAACAUCCUGCUGGAAAGCGGUGUGCAUGGAGCUCUGGUUGCCCUGGAUGACAACUUUGACUACAGCAGCCUGGCACUGCUCCUCCAGAUCCCCACACAAAACACUCAGGCACGUCAGAUUCUGGAGCGAGAGUACAAUAAUCUGCUGGCGCUGGGCACUGACAGAAGACUGGAUGAGUGCGAUGACAAAGACUUCCGAGGCCCAUCGUGGCGGAGGCAGUUCCCUCCCCGGGACAUCCAUGGUAUCAGUAUGAUGCCUGGAUCAGCAGAAACACUUCCUGCUGGCUUCCGUCUCACCGCAACAUCCGGUCACUCCAGAAGACUGCCCCCCGAGGUCCUCUAUGAGGCGCUGGAUGACAGUCCUGACGACAUGUAUUUGGAUUGGUUUCAAGGUCAGCCCAUCUGAAGGUCCUGGGCUUGUUGGCCCUGCGUGUGUUAAUAUUAUUAUUUGUAGUAUUAGUCUACAUAUAUUCCCUCCUCUUUACAUGGUCUCUGCCAACCACUGUCCUGCUGUAUCUCUCCUUUUCUUUGUGGUCUCUCACCCUCGCCUCUCUUUUCUCUUUCUAUAAUUAGCUCUCUUUAAUAUCCAACUCCAAGGGUAUUGUUUUGCAGAGCUGCAAAAUAGAUGGCCUUUCACCCUGGUAGUUAAAAACAAACUAGGGGUCAAGUUAUGGAUUAGGACCCAUGCUUGUUGGUUUAACCCUUGAAGUAAUGAAGCAGCAAAACAAAAAGUGGCUGAGCGGUGCUAUGUAAGUUGGCCUGAAUCAGGAGGUUUACAUAGGUGAACAGUACAUCUUGAAUGUUUUUCAAACUAAAACUGACAGUUUGUGCGAUUCCUCAACCCUUUACUGUUAAAGAGGACUCUGGCUAAAACAGUCUUAAUAUUAAAGGGCAAUGCUGGUUUGUGAAAUUUGGGUAGUUUGGGUUUUGUUUUUUAAAAUGGCAAUAUUGUUCUUGCUAAAGAAAUUGCUGAGAUUUGGGAGCAUUAGACUACUCUUCUUGCACUACACAGAAAGUUGAACCUCAAUAAAAAAAUAAUGGAAGUCUGCCAAUUUGAUGACAAACCCUGUAUUUAAGAGAGUGAGAUCUGAAAGCAUAAACUGGGACACAAUUUAAACCUUAAACCACAGAGAUUGACGUAGAUGCUAAAAAAGGACAGAGCUGAACUGAAAGACCUUCCACAGUUUACCACAGUUCAGACACUGAGCACAGGUUGGUUAAAGUAAACUCUCUACUGUAAAACUACUUAUUAAACUACCUAAUGAAUGAGCAAUUGUUUGUUUUAUCUUGAAAGGUUUUGGGCUGUUAGGGGAUCAGUUUAAAACCUGUGUGAUCACCACACUGCUCUGAACUACCUUUUGUUGCCACAUUCCCAUAUCUCAGCAAUUAAAACAACAGUUAGUUGUCACUUUCAGCUAUCCGUGACAGCCUUCAUUAGGAAAAUGAGUUCAACUUUUGAGUAUUUUGAGCUCUUGUAAAUAUUAAAACUAUUCGGCUAUACUUAUACAAAUUUCUGCCCAUCCAUAAUGGUUAAGUCAAAGAAAGUUUAGGUA